AAUGAAGAGGUGAUAUGUAUGAGAUGAAGAUAAAGAAGGUUAGAGUGAGAGAGAGAUAGAAACAAUUUUCUUUAUGUUGGCCAAUUUAACCAAACCCCUUCUUCGACUAAGGAGACACAUUUCAGAUCCUCAACCUUCAACACCGCCACUAUUUGCUUCCCUCCCACUACGACCAUCACUCCUGCAAAUCAAGCAAACCCAUGCAAACGCCGUCGUUUCGGGCAAUGCCCGGUUCAUCCUUCACAUUCUCUCUCUACUCUCUCUCUCUUCCUUCACUCCCUUCCCACUCGAGUAUUGCAUCUCCAUCUUCAACUCAAUCGAGUUCCCCACCGUCUUCGCCUUCAACAACAUCAUCCGCUGCCACGCCAAGGCAAACUCGCCGCCGUCAGAGUCGAUUGCCAUUUACUCCGCCAUGCUGCGGCGGCGGCGUUUCGUCAAGCCCAACCAGCAUACCUUCACCUUCGCUCUCCACGCGUGUACUAAACGCGCCGCCUCGGGAUUGGGCUCAGGGGUUCAGGUUCACGCCCAUGUGGUCAAGCUUGGUUUCGCGCGCGAUGUUUUCGUUCGGAACGCGUUGAUUCACUUGUACUGUGAGUGUGGUUCCAGCGUUGAGAGUUUCAAAAGGGUUUUCGAGGAAGAGGAAGAUACCCUUUGCAGUGAUGUGGUCACGUGGAACUCCGUGUUGGCUGGGGUGGUGAGGAAUGGGGAGAUUCGUGAUGCGGAGAAGGUGUUUGAUGAAAUGCCUGAGAGAGAUGUUGUCUCGUGGAGCACUAUGAUAAUGGGGUAUGUCCAGAAUGGACUCUUGGAGGAUGGGUUGGAGUGUUUUAGUGUGAUGAGGGAGAAAGGGAUUAGACCCAAUGAGGCAGCAUUGGUUAGUGUUCUUUCAGCUUCGGCUCAGUUGGGUUUGUUAGAGUGUGGGAGGUUUGUUCAUUCCACCAUUGAGUCCUUGAAGUUUCGGAUAACCGUUCCGGUAGGAACUGCUCUGGUUGACAUGUAUGCGAAGUGUGGUUGCAUUGAGAAGUCGAGGGCGUUGUUUGAAUCGAUUUCAGGAAAGGAUAUAUGGACAUGGAAUGUCAUGAUUUGUGGGUUGGCUUCGCAUGGUCUUGCGAAGGAUGCGCUUGCGCUCUUUCACAAGUUCUUAAGUGAGGGUUUUAUUCCGGUGAAUGUGACUUUUGUUGGAGUCCUAAAUGCUUGUAGCAUGGGUGGUCUUGUUAGUGAAGGCAAGCGUUACUUUAACUUAAUGGUGGAUUGUUACGGCAUUCAACCUGAGAUGGAGCACUACGGGUGCAUGGUUGAUCUCCUGGCUCGUGCUGGUUUAGUGGAUGAAGCCGUUCACUUGAUUGAAACGAUGACAGUAGAACCGGACCCUGUACUGUGGGCAACACUGCUUGAUGCGUGUAAGGUUCAUGGGUUUGUGGAUAUGGGUGAGAAGAUUGGAAAUAAGUUGAUACAGUUGGAUCCAAUGCAUGAUGGGCAUUAUGUACAGUUAGCUGGAAUCUACGCGAAAGCAAGAAAAUGGGAAGAUGUAGUUAGAGUUCGUAAAUUAAUGAUUGAGAAAGUCAGCAAGAAAGUUGCAGGUUGGAGUUUGGUUGAACUGGAGGGUGGAAUUCAUCACUUUGUUGCAGGGGACAAAGACCAUGACUGUUCUUCAGACAUAUACAGAAUGCUUGAAACAAUAGGACAGGGGAUAACUGCAGCUGGUUACCCAUCAGUACAUCUUACCUGUGUUGCAUGAUACAGGAGAAGAAAAAUGUGAUUGUUCACUAUCAGUGUACUAGAAUGUAUGUUAUGACAGACACUAAAAAAUUAAAAUAAAUUUGCAAAAUAAAAAGGACGGUACAACUCUCUAAAUUAGAAAAGACUCACUUGGUCUAGGUAUGGCAACAGAUUUGACAAUGAAUAGUUUUGCAUGAUUUCCUCCAUUCUCAUAUAGCUCUUACCCUUCAAUUACAAACCCCAGCACCCAACACAACUUCGUCCCCUCUCUUUCAUCACCAUUCACCUACCAUAUUACUCCACACCGUUCCUUCUCCCCUACUCUACACACUUGACACCAAAACUAACUCCUUCACUUAACGCACUCAAUGCACCUCAUCUUCCUGCGCUACCCGCC